AUGCCCGCCCGCAUGGGAAAGCGGGCACUGAAGCGCGCGGAUGCAUCGCUAAAGGAGGACAGCUCUGCCGCUGAUGGCUCCGGCGAUGACGUGGAGGCAGGAGUUGUACAUACGCUCCUUCCCGAGCCCGGACUGCAGAGCCCAGACGCAGCAGCAAGUUCUGACGCUGGUCAGCGUGGGAAGGACAGCAGCUGGCCGUACAGUCCUCCUUCGCUUCGCAACAAGGAUGCGUGGCAGGGGCCGCCGUCUCCCCACAGCGACAACUCCGACCCCUGGGGCACUGAUGAAGAGCUCAGGCAGUGGGCACCAGCCAUGCAGGAGGACAGCAUGCGCAGCCCCACCCCAUCAAGCAGGGCAGGCAGCAGGGAGAUAGAGGCCGUCCACAGACAGCAGUAG